UAAUGAGCUGAGCGCUGCCGGAGUAGAGGAGGAGGAGGAGGGGAGAGCGAGCUGGAUAAACAGCCUCACAGCACCGGGAACAUGGCGGCUCCAGCUGUCGCUCCGUCCCGCUGACUGCCCCUCUGCACCGGGACAUCUCCGCUGUUUCCCCCGGUCGCAGCACCGCGUCUCUCCCCGCUCUCCGCGCACUGAUGGCCGCCUGCUGUCGCUUCACUUACCGGUGGCGUUAGAAAGACAAUGAGCAGCGGAGGCCGGAGCCCAGAGCCUCUUGGGGCCGAGUCCCUGAAGAGGAAGGACUGUCCCUCUGAGCUGCAGGGGCCCAGCCCGAAGCGCAGCACCGAACGGAGGAAUCGUGAGCAGGAGAAUAAAUACAUCGAGGAGCUGGCUGAGCUGAUCUUUGCAAACAUGAAUGACAUGGACGACCUGAACGUGAAGCCCGACAAAUGUGUGAUUCUGAAGGAGACGGUCAGACGGAUACGACAGAUCAAGGACCAGGAGAAAGUGUUGGAGGAGGCGGACACAGAGGAGGUGCAGAAGGCCGAUAUCUCAUCCACUGGACAAACUGUCAUCGACAAAGACGCUCUGGGACCAAUGAUGCUUGAGGCUCUGGAUGGAUUCUUCUUCGUUGUGAACAUGGAGGGGAACAUUGUCUUUGUCUCAGAGAAUGUGAGUCAGUAUCUGCACUACCAGCAGGAGGCGCUGAUGGGCUCCAGUGUCUACAGCAUUCUACAUGUGGGUGACCACGCGGAGUUUGUGAGGAACUUGCUACCCAAGAGCCUGGUGAACCAUCGCUGCAGUGAGUCCUCCAGUCGUAACAGCCGCACCUUCACCUGUCGAAUGCUGAUCAACCCCCAGUGUGACGGAGCCUCUGCACCUUCCACACCUGUCGCACCAACCCCUGACCCCCAGGACCCUCAGAACCCUUGGGAGCCUCCACACCCACUGGAGGCACCAGACUCUGGGCAGCAGAAGUAUGAGACGCUGCAGUGCUUUGCUGUGUCUGAGCCCCAGUCCAUCAAAGAAGAAGGAGAAGAUUUCCAGUCGUGUCUGAUCUGUGUGGCGAGGAGAGUCCCUGUCAAAGAGCGAACUUUGAGCUCCACGUAUGAGAGCUUCACCACAAGACAGGACCUGCAGGGGAAGAUCACGUCUCUGGACACAAGUCUGCUCCGAGCCUCCAUGAAGCCGGGCUGGGAGGACCUGGUCCGGCGCUGCAUCCAACGCUUCCACCUGCAGAAGGACGGAGAGGUGUCCUACGCCAAGAAGCACCAGCAAGAAGUGCUCCACUGUGGCCACGCCCUCAGCCCUCUGUACCGCUUCACUCUGUCUGAUGGGACCCUGGUCUCUGCUCACACCAAGAGCAAACUGGUGCGAUCUCCAGCUACCAACGAACCACAACUCUAUAUGUCCCUGCACAUCCUACAAAGGGAGCAGAACAUGCCUGACCUGACAUCUGACACACCAGCGCCCCCUACUGUUGUCCCGAAGCCUGUGUCUCCUCUGAGCUCCUCUGCUUCCUCUGCUCUUUCUCCAGAUGCAGGGGCUGCCUCCUCUGCUCCUCACCCCAGCUCCUGCUCUUCUCCCCAGGCGCGCUCCUCUGCCCCUCACCCCAGUUCCUGCUCCUCUCCCCUGGGUCGCUCCUCUGCUACUCACCCCAGUUCCUGCUCUUCUCCCCAGGGUCGCUCUUCUGCUCCUCACCCCAGCUCCUGCUCCUCUCCUGGGGGGCACUCCUCUGCCCCUCACCCCAGCUCCUGCUCCUCUCCUGGGGGCCGCUCCUCUGCUCCUCACCCCAGUUCCUGCUCCUCUCCCGGGGGUCUCUCCUCUGCCUCUCCACCUCCUCCGUCGCUGGGCAGCCCCUACGUCUCCUCUGCGCCUCACCCCUCCACAAACUCACCUCCAUCGCACAGAAAAAGCCCGGGUUUAGUCGCCAGCAGCAACUGUAGCAGCAAAAACAAUUCACCGCAACAAUCUCCAUCUUCAGUCGGGAGCUCAUCAAAAUCCAGAAUGAAAAAGUCCACAUCACAAAGCCCUCCGAACAUUACCAAAUUGGGUUUAGAAUCCGAUCUGUUUCUUGGAAGCGAAUCCAGCGAGGAGCGAUCCAAAGAUGAUCUAGAUGGAAACCUGGAGGAGCUUGGAGGUGUCUCGAAUCAACUUUUAAAUGCCAAAGGUCACACCAAACUUUUACAGCUCCUCACCAACAGUAAACUGGAGGCUGUGGACCCAGGCUCGCCCGAUGAAGACCAGGGUAAAGAGGGGGACAUGGGACCAGGAGCAGGGCAGGGAAACCAUUCGUCGUCUCUGAAGGAAAAACACAAAAUCCUGCACAGACUUCUCCAGAACAGCUCCUCCCCCGUGGAGCUGGCCAAGCUGACCGCAGAGGCCACAGGUAAGGAGAGUGCGACAGGUGCAGCUGCAGAUCCAGGUGAGCCGACAGCAGCGGAGGGCGACAGAAAACAGGAGCAGGCACCAGGGAGCCCAAAGAAGAAGGACAAUGCUCUGCUGCGCUACCUGCUGGACAGAGAUGAUAAUGGCAUCCUGGACAAGGCACUGAAGAUGGAGUCGAGUGAUGUGGGCAGAAUGAGUGUGAAGACUGAGAGGCAGGAGCAGGGCUUUAACGUGGGACCACAGUCGAGUGAGCUGGAGGACUUGCUGGAGGACUUUCAGAGCAAUACCCAGCCGAUGGCGUUCCCUGGUGGGCUUCAGCCUCGAGCCUCUGCCCCCUCUGUGUCCUCUGGCUCUGGAGCUUCUGGAGAGCUGUUGCACAUGCACAUCUCCUCCUCUGGGGGGCAGCACCGAGGAUAUCCCCCCAUCAGUCCUGCAGGUUUCACUGGCCCCAGAGCUGCACCGCCGGGAAGAGCUCCCCCUAUAGGCCGGAGCAUGUCUGUGGAAAACAACAUGGCUGCAGCUCCAAACCUCCCACGGAGCUUCCCUCCUCAGCAUCGGAACAACGCGGGGUCCUACCCUCUGAUGCAGCAGCAAAGCAUGAUGGGAGGGCACACAGGCAUGGCCAACCAGACCGCCAUGGGCUGCCAAGAUAUGAUGAGUCCUGGCCCGGUGCAGUCGGGUUGGGGUCCCCAGGGGUCAGCAGGGGGCGCUCCCGGUCACAUGAUGAGCCAGGGACCUGUAGGAGGGGCCCCAGGUCACAUGAUGAACCAGGGGAUGCACCAGAGUAGAAUGACCCCAAACAUGACCCCAGCGCUGGCCAAUCGCGUUGCACCAAACAGACUCAACAUGCAGAUGAUGGGAAAUGAAAUGGAAAUGCCGCCCAAUCAGACAGCUCCGUGGCCCGAGCGCGGGAUGGAUCACUAUGGCAACCAAAGCAGAUCUUCAUACUCUCAUCUCGAGGAGCCCAUGCCCUGCUGCACUGACCCGCACGUGGACGAGGGGGCGCUGUUGAGUCAGCUCUGCUCUGUGCUCAAAGACUUCGAAGGGCUGGAGGAGAUCGACAAGAUGCUGGGGAUUCCCUCACUGGCCGGACAGGGUCCCAUGUCAGACCAGGACCAGUUCUUAGGUCCUGACUCUGGACUGAAGCCUCCUCAGUAUAGCCAACACCUCCAGCCACAGUACGACCCCUCCUACCACCGCCACAUGGGGCAGCAGCGAGUUAGCUACCCCCCCAUGAUGAGGCCGACCCUACACAGACCAGGGGCCCCUCACCAGCCCGGGGGCCCCCAGCCAAAUAAUCUUAGGCUCCAGCUCCAACACAGACUGCAGGCCCAACUGAACCGUCAGCCAAUGGGGAGCCAGAUGAGUGCAGUGUCCAACAUGAAUAUGCCAAUGAGGUCCAACGUCCCAAACCAGGGCAGCCUAAAUGCACAGAUGCUAGCUCAGAGACAGCGCGAGUUCCUGAGUAACCACCUGCGUCAGAGGCAGCAGCUCCAGAGGGCGCUCAUGAUGCGAGGGUCGAGCAUGCCCAGCGGAGCGAUUCCAUCUGGGCCCCCAAACCCCCGGCUGGCCCCCGGAGCCCCCCCACAGCCACAGUCCUACCCCUACCCAGGGAACAGCUACGGUACUGGGCUGGCCUCCUCCCCUCCUCCCCUCUCCCCCGUGCCCAUGUCCGGCUACAGUGCCUUCUAUGGCAGCUCAGGAAUGCCCCAGCAACAGCAGCAGGACUCCUCUGGCUUCAGCCCUCUGCUCUCUCCCAGACAGCAGGCCCAAAGCUCCAACAUGAUCCAACCAAACCAGGUCCAAAACCCGGCCCAAAACCCGACCCAAAACCAGACCCAGAGUCACACAGGGCCCCCCGGGUACCACCAGCCCAGCGGAGACAUGAACGGCUGGGGUCAGAGCAACAUCUCCAGCAACAAUCUGUACCAGGGACAAUCUGCCUUCCCUCAACCCAACCUCAUGUACUCGGAAUCGGGUUUGCACAUGAGCGGCGUGGGCGACCCGGUGAGCGACAGCAGUCUGAUCCUGGAGCAGUUGGCUGGGAUGGACAUGCUCCCUCCAGACACAGACCCCUCCUCAAAUUUCUGCUGAUGCUGAACUUGCUGCAGAAAGUGGAACCGUGAAGCCAUCUCUCCCUCAAACACCUGCGCACAAAGAAAAACUGUGGAAGAAACGACUCAUCGAGGAGGAAAAAAGGACAGAGAUUUUAUGCAACAACAACAAAAUAUUUUUUCAUCGAAUGUAUGAAAACUUUUAAAGGGCCCAUAUUACUCUGUUUUCUGAUCUGUGUUAUAAUGUUUUCUUAUCACAAACAGACCUGGAGUUGUGUUUUGUUUCAUUCACACAUGUUUAACACACAAACCCUGCAUAUUUAGACUGAGCUCUUCUCUCAAACUGAAAACACUCUGUUCCACCUUGUGAUGUCAUGUGGUGAUACAGGAAGUGCUUCACUGUGUUUUUAAACUCCACACACCUUCACUAGAAUCAUUUUGAUGAUUCCAGUCCUGUAAUUGCCAAUCUCUACUGAACUAAAGAUAAAAAGUUGUUGUUAACUUGAAAACUUUGAGCUUUGAAGAUGUAGACAGACUAAUAAAGUCAACUCCAGGUCUGUUUUUGAGGAGGUAACAACAUUAUAACAUGGGUCAAAGCUCAAUUUUGCGUAACAUAGGACCUAAAAACCACAACUGAACUCCUCCAGAACUGCCAAAGAACGGCACGAACCACGAGACCCAAACUGUACUUUUGUAGAAGACAAUAUGAAAAAUAUGAGAAAUAUAUACAUUUAUUUAUAGUUUUGAAGAAAAUAGAUUCUUUGUAUGAUACAUGAAGGCUUUUAAUCUAUGAAGAGACACAUUUUUGAUUUUCAUAUUAAUCAUUUUGAGCUUUUGCUGUAGAUGCUCAGAUGAUCACACUGUAAUUUUGAACUGAUUUUUGAAGGAAAUAUAUGUAUAAUUUUAUAUUUAUUGACACUUUUGACAGAUACUUGACCUGAAAAGCACAAAAUUACUUCUAAUACAGAGAAAAUGCAGUUUGACAAUCAAACUCCACAAAAACAGAUUUUUGUAACGUUUAAAGAGGGGGUAUUAUGCUAAAUUAAUUCUUUUUAGCUUUCUGCCAUCUUCUAACGUUGUUCUCUCAUCAGAAAUAUGCCUGAAGAGGUUUAAGAUGUCAUCCAUGCAUGAGUAAUUUAGUGAUCUCUUCCAGGCCUUAUUCGAACCCUCCUUACGGUUCACUGUAAGAUUCUGUACAAGGCUCCGCCCACAGGUCUACAUCACUCACACUCCCACACGACUAUUCUCCAUAAAUAUACAAAAACAUGAUACAAAACUGUACACAGCAGCUUCACAAACCUGAUGUGAUGUGCAGUAGUUUGAUUAGUGGGAUGCACGAUGUGCUAUGACAGUGCUCUGAAGGAGGAGUGACUUAGCGCUUAGAGCAAAGUGAGGGGAGACUUAUAAAACAUGAUAAUACUAAAAAAAGGCUCUGUGAUUAUAGUAUUUUCAAAACAAUAAAAGGUAACAUGAUAAUCUAAAUAUGUUAUGUGUUAGAAGUUAAUACCCCACAGAAGUAAAAUACCUCCUCUUUAACAUUCAUUUGGUUUUAUGUUUUUACAAGAUAUUUGUGAUUUGCUUCAAUUUUGUUUCAACUUUGCCUGACAGUAAGGCAAUUUUCAUUUUAAAACGUAAAAAAAAUCAUGCUACUAAAUUAAAAAGUAAAAAAAAAACCUCAAGGUACUAAAUGAAUUAUAGUCCGUAUUUUCUGGACUGUAAUAAAGCAUAAAAAACAAGCGAACACGUUUACUCUGGAUCUCACUCCAAAUCACUAAAUCCAUUGAAUUCUUCAUCCUCGGUGUUGCUUCUGAACUUCGUCAACUUGGAAAGUAGAUGAAGCACCACUUCCUCUUCUGUCAUCAGACUGAGCAGAAUACGAUUUUCUUUUAGGGGGCAGCGUGCAGUUGCCAGUGUGACAAUAACGAAGAUGUGAAAUGAUAUAUUUUAAUAAUUUCAGAAAUAAGUCGCAUCUAAAUAUAAGUUGCACCCACGGACAAACUAUGAAAAAGUGUGACUUAUAGUCCGGAAAAUACGAUACAUCAAACUACUAAUAUUAAAUAUAGUUAAAAAAAAUAGACUUUUUAAAACAAAAUAACUCAAAUGUAAAACUAUUAAGAAAUGUAUCUUAUUCUGAAUUCAAGUCAUUUUAACAUGUGGACAUGUUUUUAUGGUAAAGAUCCUUAAUUGUUACACAGAGAGUUCAGUCUUAUACUUUUACAUUGUUAGGAGCUUUUAUCCUAAUGCUCCGUUUCUGCCUCACCAGCGAAAUCCCAGUGACCAAACUGUUUCACUGUUCAGUACACUUCAGUAAUCCACAGCUUUAUUCUAAUGAUGAUCUGUGCUACCUAAUCUCACAUUUUAGCAAAACUGAGAUAAAAGAAAGAAGAAGAAUUUUAGAUAUUUGCUGCAGAAAGUAGCAUUAGCAUUAGCAUUAGCAUUAGUGUUGUGGUCACCUUAAUCUAUUUUUACAAUCUGUAAUUUGGCAUUUGGUUUAUUUCUAGCCAGAUGCCCUCCCUGACCUACCUUACUCCUCCUUUACUCACAUAAACUACUCUUUAGACUGCAUUUUAAAUUUGAAAUCACACAUUUUUGUUGGAAAAUUUCAUAUUUGAUUUUUUAAUCCAAGGUGCUUAUAGAACCUCCAAAGACGUUUUAGCCGCAGAUGUGAAUGUGAUGUAUUUCAGGUACUUUAAAACGACACUGGAUUAGCUUUAGCUGUAGAUGCUAAACAUGUAGCUUAAUGCCUUAGAGCCGCCAUUUUGUGUCAGUUUCACACUGUUCCAUUUCUAAAACCACUCAUGGAGAGACACUGCAGGAAAAUAGAAACUGUUGGAUGCAAAUCUAGUAUUUUCUCAAAAACAGAUGAAAAACAUAAUACAAAACAAACAAAAACAAUACAUUUGGCUAGUAAUGAUUAUAAUAAAAUUCUUACACGCAAAAUCAUUUAAAAAAUAGAUAAUUUGAAAAGGAGAAUCUAGAAAAUCUAGUUAAAUAUUCUAGUUUUACAUAAAACUUCAAAAAGAAAGUUUUCCUUGAUGUGUCUCCACUUAAAUCUUUGGGCUAAAUAAAACGUUUAGUCCAUUGAUGUUGUUUUUUUCGAUCUCAUUCACCACUUCUGUCCCUUUAACUCUGGACUCAGGGGAACGCCAUAUUGUAUAAAGAUAUAUAGAAUCUAUGGGGAACACUGUAUAUAUGUCUUUAUACAGUCUGUGAGCAUUCCCCGUAGACUUUAUAUGUCUUUAAAGUCUGUGGGGAACACUCAUACUUGUAACGAUAUUUCACUUUUCUGAUUUUCCGCCAUGUUACAUUCCUUCUGUUCUUCAGAUCAGUUGCUGUGGUUACGGUAGCCAUAUUUGAUUUUGUGAAUGGUUUAAUAUAAAAUGUUUGAAUAAUGAUGUAGUGCUGCGGCUGUACAGAGUCUGAGCGACGCUUCUGCCAUAACUGCUGUUAAUUUAUGAUCCACUGUAAAUACAUAUUUUUAUGAAA